UUUUUAGGGUUGGCGAUAUGAUAGAGGAAUCAGGUUCGAGCAACGAAUCAAUAGCUAUGGAAGUGGGUCAGUUGAAGGGAAAAUUUGUGGAAGAGAAAUACCCGAUUCGUUUCAAGAGGAAGUCUCUGCAAGCUGCGCUGGAGGAGUGCAAGAGAGCUCUCCAUUCGCUUAGUAACUGUGAAGAUGGAACUGAUGAUAACGAUGAAGAUGACGAUGGUAAAGAUGAAGUGAAUCCUCAAGUGGAUGUCAGAGGCGUCGGUCUUCGAAGAGAUGAAGAAGCCGAUGAGUUGCGUGAUCUUCUCAAGUCUGGAGUUCAAUGCUCUGACUUUCUUGUAAAUCUAGAAUGUAUCCAGGUCCCAGUUCCAGAAAACAUUUCUGAAGUCAGUAGUUCUUGGGACAUGGUCAAUGCAAAUGAUCUUUGGCAAGAUGAAAAUGUUGAUUUGGAUCAAGAAGAUUAUGUUCUCGUCAGUCAGGAGGGAAUUGUAGAAGGCAUUUCAUGUUUUAUGGCUGCAUACUUGCUGUCCCUUAAACAGACUAAGUAUUUGAGCCCAAAUCAACUUCAGCAAGCGCUGAGCGAGACCUUCUCCCUUAAAAAGAAAAGGGGAAAGCUUCAAAAAGCUUGGGAUGGAAGUAAAGUUAUUUAUAAUGUGGCAUCUUGGGGGGCAACUGCAAUUUUUUGAUAGGAAGGGGGCAACUGCAAUUGGGAUAUACCAAAACCCUUUACUUACGAGAGCCGCCUCAAAAGCCUUCUGGACUUCUUGUGAGGUAAUAUCAAAACUUCUCUGACUUGCAAUAUAAUUUGAGAACCAAAGUGUGAUAUCGGAGGAGUUCACUGUUGUACAUAUAUGCUUUCUCGCUGUCAAAUGCAGCUUGGUGUUUCGUAGGUUGCGUGACCAUGAAUAACAUUCUUUCUCUUCUCUUCUUUUCUCUUGUGCUCUACGGAUUUGUAGAUUUUAUCUUUGUAAAUUUAUUUGUUAAAAUAUUUCUUGUGCAAUUCAAAUUCCUCUGGCA